AUCCGUGCACCACCUCUAUUGAGUCUAUCAGGUGGUUGAAUUAGGUGUUGAUAGAAGUAGAUUAAACAUAAAACAAAUAAGAAUUAUGAAAAAGGUGCUGGUAACAGGAGGUACAGGACUUGUAGGCAAGGCCCUUCAAGACGUAAUCAAAAAUGAGCAGCCAAGCGACGAGGAAUGGUUCUUCGCCGGCUCAAAAGAUGCAGAUUUAACGAAUCUGGUUGCCACGCAGGCACUUUUUGAGAAAGUGAAACCAACGCACGUAAUACACUUGGCCGCCAUGGUCGGUGGACUGUUUCAUAAUAUGAACAACAAUCUCGAUUUCUUGCGUAAUAAUUUGCUGAUCAACGAUCAUGUACUCCAAACUGCACACGAGCUGGGCUGCACAAAGGUUGUCUCCUGCCUGUCCACCUGCAUUUUUCCGGACAAGACUAGUUACCCCAUUGACGAGACAAUGGUGCACAACGGACCGCCACAUGUGUCCAACUAUGGCUACUCCUAUGCAAAGCGUCUGAUAGACAUACAGAAUCAUGCUUAUCAUGAUAAGUACGGUCAUCUGUACACCUCCGUGAUACCUUGCAACAUAUUUGGACCGCACGACAACUAUAAACCAGAUGUGAGCCAUGUCAUACCGGGCAUGAUCAAUCGCAUGCACAAGCUGCGCACAGAGCAGCCAGAAAUACCGGAGACUGAGAAAGUGUUUACUGUUUAUGGCAGUGGCAAACCUUUGCGUCAGUUUAUCUACUCUCUGGAUUUGGCUAAGCUAAUGAUCUGGGUGCUGCGCAACUACAACAGCGUUGAGCCCAUAGUGCUGAGCGUCGAUGAAUCGGCGGAGGUGACAAUCUAUGAAGUAGCAGAAGCUAUAGCCAAGGCAUUUAAUUUUAAGGGCAAAUUGAUCUGUGAUACGAGCAAGGCAGAUGGACAAUAUAAGAAGACCGCAUCCAAUGCAAAGCUACGCAGUCUCUUGCCGGACUUUAAGUUCACUGACUUCAAGACAGCCAUCGAGGCUUCCGUGCUCUGGUAUAUGAUAAACUAUGAUCAGGCUAGAAACUAAUACAUAUUUGAACUUGUAUAUACAUUGUAUAAUUGCAAAAUGUAUUGUGAUUUGAUUUGUUGGCCAACAGCAAUAGAAAAUGCAUUUUCGUACGAUAUUUAUAUAUCUAAAUAAUUUCUCUUUAUUUAAAAAUUAAAUAAGAAGCUAAAUUUAGAUGCAUAGACACUUUAUACAACAUGUUUAACAUAUUACAUACAUACAUAUUUUAUACGAUUUUACGAUAUAGGAAAAGCUUUAAAUAACGGUAAAUCUCGGUAUUGGUGUUCUAAUAUUGUGGAAAGAGGUGCAGGGCUUAAAGAAUGGGAAGCUUAAACUUAAUGCUGCAGUAGAAUAAACAAAAAUAUUUUAUCAUA